AUGGCAGCUAAGUUCUUCGUUGUUGCUUUCCUGGUGGCGGCUGCUCACGCCAGCGCCGUCGACUACACCAGCUUCUCAUACGGAGUCCACGACCCCCACACCGGGGACGUGAAGAGCCAGCAUGAGACCCGCCACGGAGACAGCGUUGUCGGACAAUACUCGCUGUUGGACUCUGACGGCACAAAGCGCACCGUUGACUACGCCGCUGACGCUCACUCUGGAUUCAACGCCGUAGUACGCAAAGAUCCUGCUCUCGUAGCCGCUCCUGUCGUAGCGCAUGCCGCCCCAGUCGUAGCGCAUGCCGCUCCCGUAGCAUACGCGCACGGCGCUGUCGCUCCUCUGGCAUACGGACAUGGCGCUUCUCUCGCGUAUGGCCAUGGUGCCGUCGCAUACGGCGCCCACGCUGCUCCUUUGGCGUACGCCUCCCAUGGCGUAGCUCCUCUUUCCUACGCCUCCCAUGGCGUAGCUCCUCUUUCCUACGCCGCUCAUGGCGUUGCCGCCCCUCUUGCCUACUCUGCCCCUCUCGCUCAUGGAGUCGCUCCCCUCGCCUAUGGCGCUCAUGGACACGGACUCAUCGGCUCUCAUUUGGGCUACUCCAAGCUGUACUAA